UGGCGCGGUCCACGUCGAACGAGGAGCGCGCGAAGGGCCGCGACGCGUUCAUAGCGAUAGACGAGAGUCGGAGGACCACGACUUCCGGGUCUGAAUCGAUAGCACGUCCGUGGUGGACGAGGCCCAGGCCCGCGUCGCCAUUGCUGGCCGCGGCCUGCCUGGCUGCUACGCCGCCCGGCUGCACAGCGACCUGUCUGGUCGACGACGCUUUCCGCGCCCGCCUCGCCCGACGCGUGGUGGUGACAACAAAUGUCGGUCGAGUCUCACACGACGCUCGCCGACGCUCGCAUGGCGCUGGAGACGUACCUCUGGAACGGCAGCGACAGAGCAGACGUUGUUGCCAAACGGGGCCAGUCCGAGCACGAGGGCGCCCGCGACGCCGCCCGCGCGGAGGUGCACCGGGUCGCGGCCUUGGCUUGCCGCGCGCAGUGUUUUCAGCUUGCGGUGCAGCGCCGCAUGAUUGAUGCGCGCAGCGGUGACGACCGGGGGCAGGCCAGCGACGCAUUUGGAGGCCCAGCCCCGGCGGCGCUGACGACUCUGACGCCCUACCGCCGCAGCCCUUCGGUGCGGGGCGUAUCUCCUACCUUCGCCACCCCGUGGCGCAACGAGGAUGUUUUUUUGCCCCCGGCGGUGUUCGGCAACCAGCUGGUGCACGGCCGCCAGAUUCACCUGGCGGUGUUCUACGAGAUUCACGCGCAGACGCGCCUCACAGUGAAGGAAGGCCCUGGCAAGUUGCACAUGCCAGACCUGCACCUGUCCGUCGCCGUUUUGCCCCAGACUCUCAAGGUCAAGGGCAUGCUCGUGCAGGCCGUGAUCGAGGUGUUGGAGAAACACGCUGUGGGUUUCGCGGCGCCCAUCCGCUGCUUCGCCCUCUCCUGGCGUGUGUUCGGCUGCGCGCAGGCGGCGACCGCGCAAGCCCUGGCGGUGCGACCGCUGGUGGACUGCCGAGCCCCGCGCAAGAAACUCGUGACCUUCUUCCGGGGCACCGUCAUCCGGCAGAGCAAGCUGCAGAUGUGCCACGUCUUCAAGACAGCCCUGGGCGGUGCUCCUCUGAUCGGAGUCAGGGAACGCGUCGUUGGCGCCGACCCUCUCAGUGAGUGUCUGGCCAUGCGCGGCCGCGCCCUAAGCGCCCUGGAGACGGCGCACCUUGAGCUUUCUGCCCAUCAGGAGGGCGGGAGGCAGAGCGAGGCUGCUCUUAGUGCUUGUGCCCCGAAGGACUCCACUGUCCAAAUGGUGGCGUAUGGCGGCACGCUCGCGCGCCUCAGCCCCGCGCGCGUGGUUGGCCAUCCUGCCCAGCAGGCGCGGCAUGGCAUCGCCUACGACGAGAUGGGCGGCGCCCCGACCAACGCAAUGAUAUUAGACGAGGGUCGGACAGGCGCGGUCACCGUCCUAGAGCUGAAAAUAGUGUUGCAGACUAAGUUUCACGCGCCCAGAGAGGAAGGUCACAACAUCUCCCGCGCCCUCGACCAUAACCACGACGAAGAGAUCCACUACAGCGACUUCCUCGCGGCCAUGGUUGGCGCCAAAAUCGGCAUGCACGAAGAUCACCUGAGGUCCGCCUUCGCGAAAUUUGACGUGGACAACUCCAGAUACAUCACCAGGGAAAACUUGCGCGAGGUCCCGGGGGACGCGUGCGACAGCGAAGCCGUAGACGGCCUGCUUGCCGAGAAGGACUUCUUGAGAGACGGGAGUCGGGAGCCCUCCUUCGCGGUGGCCUUUGGCACUGCGUGGGCCAUGAACAACAACGCGGGCGCAGUCGCCAAGACCGUGGACAGGGAGCUAGAGAAGUCCAGCGGCGCGUCCAGGCAGGGCGGCUUGGGCUUGUGGGAUGAGGCCUCGGAUCCAGUUUGCGCUGGUCUUGUGUCCAUAGAUGUUGCGGGGCGAAUCGCAUUGUUGUGUUGGACCACCCUGCUUCUCCCCACGGUCAGCGUGGAUCUGCUGAAGCGGGAGCUAGGGAAAUAA